AUCCAUUCGCUCUUUCCUUUUUCCUUCCUCUUCUCCCGUGCCCUCCAGUCGUCGAGACCGAGAACGCGAUCGCGAGUUCUCGAGACGAGGGCGAGCCAGAGAGAAGAGGAUGAGGUAUGGGAGUUCCGGCCUUCUACCGAUGGCUCGCCGAUCGCUACCCGCUCUCGAUCUCGGACGUGAUCGAGCAGGAGCCCGCCGAGGGCAUGGGCGGCGCCCCCCUUCCCUUGGAUCUCACCGAGCCUAACCCUAACGGCUUCGAAUUCGACAAUCUCUACUUGGACAUGAACGGCAUCAUCCACCCCUGCUUCCACCCCGAUGGAAGGCCUUUGCCUGCUACUUAUGAUGAUGUUUUCAAGUCCAUCUUUGACUAUAUAGAUCAUCUCUUUGGACUCGUACGUCCCCGAAAGCUGUUGUAUAUGGCAAUAGAUGGUGUCGCUCCAAGGGCUAAGAUGAAUCAGCAACGUUCCCGACGUUUUAGAGCUGCAAAAGAUGCAGCUGAGGCAGCGGCUGAAGAGGAAAGAUUGAGAGAAGAGUUUGAGUCUGAAGGAAGAAAAUUGUUUCCUACGGAGAAGCCUGAGACAGCAGAUUCAAAUGUUAUAACUCCGGGGACUGAGUUCAUGGCUGUCCUCUCCGUUGCACUCCAGUAUUAUGUGCAUUUGAGAUUGAAUUGCACCCCUGGAUGGCAGUCAAUUAAGGUUAUAUUGUCUGAUGCAAAUGUGCCUGGAGAGGGUGAACACAAAAUUAUGUCAUACAUCCGCUUACAACGCAGUCUUCCUGGUUUCAACCCGAACACACGCCAUUGUUUAUAUGGCCUGGAUGCAGAUCUGAUCAUGCUUUCUUUGGCAACUCAUGAGGUCCAUUUUUCGAUCUUACGUGAGGUGAUAUCCAUGCCAGGGCAACAGGAGAAAUGCUUCAGUUGUGGUCAAAUUGGACAUCUUGCAGCUGACUGUAGAGAAGAUAAGAAGUCUGCAGAUGGUACACCUAUUUACAAAAAGAAAUAUCAGUUUCUUAACAUCUGGGUUUUGCGAGAGUACUUGGAGAAUGACCUGGAAAUAUGUGAUGCUCCAUUUGCAAUCAACUUUGAACGGCUUGUGGAUGAUUUUGUCUUUUUAUGUUUUUUUGUUGGAAAUGACUUUCUCCCACAUAUGCCCACUUUGGAGAUUCGCGAGGGUGCAAUAAAUCUUCUUAUGUUUGUUUAUAAAAGGGAGUUUAUAGCGAUGGGUGGUUACCUCACAGAUUCUGGUGAGGUUUCAUUGGAUAGGGUGGAACACUUUAUUCAGUCAGUUGCUGUUUAUGAAGAUCAAAUAUUUCAAAAGCGGGCUCGCAUUCAACAGGCAUAUGAGAAUAAUGAAGAGAUAAAGCUUAAAAUGCAAAGAGAGGGUUCAGAGGAUAUUCAAUCUGCAUACACUGACAAGGUAAAAUUAGGAGAACCUGGAUACAAGGAGAGAUACUAUGCUGAGAAAUUUGGAGUCAAAGAACCAAAGUUGAUUGACGAUGUUAAAAGAGAUGUUGUCCAGAAAUAUGUUGAAGGCCUUUGCUGGAUAAUGAGAUAUUACUACCAAGGUGUCUGCUCUUGGCAGUGGUUUUACCCAUAUCAUUAUGCCCCUUUCGCAUCUGACAUUAAAGGUUUGGCUGAUUUGGAGAUCACGUUUUUUCUGGGUCAACCAUUUAAGCCAUUUGAUCAACUAAUGGGAACACUACCAGCUUCUAGCGCAAAUGCAUUGCCUAAGCAUUAUGGGGCAUUGAUGACUGAUCCAACAUCACCAUUAAGUUCCUUCUAUCCCAAAGACCUAGAAAUAGACAUGAAUGGCAAACGCUUCGCAUGGCAGGGUGUUGCAAAAUUACCAUUUAUUGACGAGAGACGUUUGCUUGCUGAAACCAAGAAACUUGAAGACACUUUAACGGAAGAAGAGAGGUCAAGGAAUAAGAUAAUGUUUGAUAUAAUAUAUGUUCACCAUGGUCAUCAAUUGGCUGCACAAGUUGCUUUAUUAUAUCGGAUGUGCUCCCAGUUACCAGUUCAAGAGCCUUCAUAUUGUAUUCCAAUAGAAACGAGCUUUAGUGAUGGAAUGAAUGGGUUCCUAUGUCUGUCUGAAAGAAAUCGCUACAGUACAUUAAUACCUACUCCCAUUAAAGGCCUAAGCAGCAUCGGGAACAAUAGAGUCCUGAAUGCCACAUAUAUUAAUCCCCAAUACCACAAACACAUUCCAGAACCUCCUGAUGGCGUGAAAAUGCCUAUGAAGAUUUUGAGAUAUCAAGACAUCAAACCUUUCCCCAUGUUGUGGCACGAAGACAACAAUGGACGGCGUCAAAGUAGGGAGAGUUUCAGGCCUCAGGUGUCUGGAGCGCUGUCUGGCCAUCUCCUUGGAGAAGCAGCUCAUCGUCUUGUUAAAAACUCUCUACAAAUCAGAUCGAACAAUAAUACUGGCUUGCUUGACACACCAUACCGCAACGUUCCAAAUUUUGGCAACAAAUCCAGGCCAGCUGGACCAUUGGGAUAUGAAAGAGGCUUCUUUGAGGAUUCAAAUUACCAUCAGUAUUCUAGCAGUAGUUUUCUGGGUUUCUCCAACUCCAGGCCUAAAUUUCAUGAUGGUGCUCAAUUUGGUAGACAAAACAUAAGGAUGCAGGGGAUGUCAAAUUCUCAGGGCCAGCAUGAUAGUAUAAGAACAGAAAUGUCGCGUCUGACAGUGGGAGAGGGCCCAAAGGUGCAACCACACCCGCAGAUGCCGAAUGCUGGGGGCUCUUCGUACCAUCAACAACAGCUGAUCCAGAAUGCUGGCCCGCCUCCACCAUUCCCGCCCAUGGACUGGAUUGAUAAGCAAAUGAUGAGGGGGUUUGGGGGUGGGUUUGUUAGUCGGCAAGAGCCCAUGGAAUGGCCAAGUAAACAGCCUCUGGUCAGAGGUAAUCAUGCUGGUGGAUUUGGCAGACAUGAGAUAUCCUCUAGGAGUCCAAACGACAAGCAGCAGCAGGCGAACAAGGUUUACCGGAUAAAGCUACAAAUGCCGCAAGAGCCACCAGAUUCAAGCACCCAGCAGUGAACGCCUGAUACGUUAGCACCUUCACCUCGUUAUGAUGUACUAGUGUUGUAACCUAUAUGUCUCGGGGGUAUGCUCCAGUGUAACCUAGUAUAUGAUAGCAUGAACUCUGUCAUUUGGCUUUCAUUUUGUUGGCUCUGUAUCCCCGUUCACGUUGUACGAAUGCAAAGUGGUAGGACUUGCGCAAUGAUCUUGUUUUCACAUC